AUGAUAGGUGUCAUGUACAUUUACUCAUAUACCCUUUUUUGUGAUGAUAUUCAUUUUACUUUCGGAUCCCAACCUGCAAAAAUAUGGAAGAUGGCUUGGUUACUUCUUCCUUUUGUUCAAAUAAAUGUUUUAGGACUCUUCAUGGCAGAAGAGGCUUGGGGAAUGAGAAACUUUUUGCAACGUAAAUUAAGACAUAUGUAUAAUCCAAGAGAAGAAACACAUUCCCAGGCUAGAGAUACAAGGUGCAAACAUGACUGUCUUUUAGAUUCUGAAAUUCUAAACAGCAUAGUCAGAGAAGAAAUUGAAUCAACACACUUAAAAAUAGUCCCAAGAGAUGGACAUCCUUUUGAA